AUGUUUCGACGCAGCGCUGUACGGCUAGCUGUUGCGGCGGCCAAAGCUGCCGAGCCGAGUGCUCACACGCUUGCCGUGUCCAAGGCCCAAGGCAUCUCCAAGGGCCUGACUGGCGCCAUCGGAAACACCCCCCUCAUCCGCCUCAACAGGCUCUCCGAAGAGACGGGCUGCGAGAUCCUGGGCAAGGCCGAGUUCAUGAACCCGGGGGGCUCGGUCAAGGACCGCGCAGCCCUGUACGUGGUCAAGGACGCCGAGGAGCGCGGGCUCCUGGGCCCGGGGGGCACCGUGGUCGAGGGCACCGCCGGCAACACGGGCAUCGGGCUCGCGCACGUCUGCCGCUCCCGCGGGUACCGCCUCGUCAUCUACAUGCCCGACACGCAGUCGCAGGGCAAGAUCGACCUGCUGCGCCUCCUGGGCGCCGAGGUGCACCCCGUGCCGGCCGUGGCCUUUGACAACCCGGACAACUACAACCACCGGGCGAGGCGGCACGCCGAGGCCCUCGACAACGCUGUGUGGACGAACCAGUUUGACAACACGGCCAACCGGCGCGCACACAUUGAGACGACGGGGCCUGAGAUCUGGGCCCAGACGGCGGGGGGCGUGGACGCGUUUACCUGCGCGACGGGCACGGCGGGCACCCUCGCCGGUAUCACGCGGUACUUGAAGGACGUGUCGGGGGGUAGGGUGAGGAGCUACCUGGCCGACCCGCCGGGGAGCGUGUUGCACUCGUACAUUAGCUCGGGGGGGAAGUUGGUUGAGAGGUCUGGGUCGAGUAUCACGGAGGGCAUUGGGCAGGGACGCAUCACGGAUAACUUGAAGCCGGACAUUGACUUGCUGGACGGGUCGCUGCAUGUUUCGGACGACAAGAGCAUCGAGAUGGUGUACAGGUGCUUGGAUGAGGAGGGCAUCUAUCUGGGUGCCAGCUCGGCGCUCAACGUGGCCGCGGCCAAGGAGGUUGCGGAGAAGCUGGGCAAGGGCCACACGGUUGUCACCAUGUUGUGUGACGGCGCGUAUCGGUAUGCGGACCGUCUGUUCUCCAGGAAGUGGUUGGCGGAGAAGAAGCUGCUCGGUGCUAUUCCAAAGCACCUCGAAAAGUAUAUUGUUUUGCCGUAG